AUGUCAUCAAGUCAAUCAAACAUAGCAAAUGUUGAUCAAUUUGAUGCCCAUCGAAAAAUUUCAAUUUGCGUGGAAUCGGGUUCAACAUCCCAAGUCCCAGAAAUCAAACUUGAUCAACAUGGAUUACCACUAGUACCUCAACCCAGUCGCUUUAAAGAUGAUCCAUUGAAUUGGCCAACAUGGCUCAAAUGGGCAGUUCUCAUUCAAGUUGGCUAUAUGGCAGCCUUAGGACCCUACAAUGCCGCCCUCAUUAAUCCAAGUUUAGUUCUCCUAAGUAAAACGCUUGGUGUCAGUCCUCAAGUAGCCGCAUACAGUACAACUACAGCAAUUAUCACGGGAGGUGUUUCACCAUUCAUUUAUGCACCUCUCACAAAUAUCUAUGGUCGUAGACCUAUCACUUUAUUCGCAAUCAUCUUGACUAUCAUUGGAGGAGUAACAUCAGCUUGCUCAACUACAUUUGCCCAACUAGUUGGUACAAGGGCACUUUGUGGGGCUGGAUUUGGUGGCAUGAUGUCAGUAGGAACUGCUUGUGUGAAUGAUAUGUUUUUUCUUCAUCAAAGAGGUGAAGCUACUGGUGUAUACUCUAUUUUUAUCACAAAUGGUGCUCAUGUAGCUGCCAUCAUUGGUGGUUAUCUUGGUUCAUCCUUAGGAUGGCAAUGGGAUUACUGGGUCGGAGCAAUCAGUACAUCCGUUUCACUCCUCCUUGCCAUUUUUCUCUUCCCCGAAACACUCUUCUCUCGAGAUCCAUCCUAUCUCUCUACACGUACCAAAACUCGCACAUACUAUGAACUUCUCUUUGAUUUUCGAGGGAAUGCUCUCCCUAAUCGUUCACUCCACUUUUCCCAUUUCUUCCAAUCCUUCUACAUGCUCCGCUAUCCUUCUAUCUUCUUCCCUUUUUGGUACUACACAUGGGCAUGGACUUUUAUUAAUGUUAUGCCCGCCAUCACCAUCGCCACCAUCUACACUGGAUUCUACGGUUUAAAAUCCGGACCCAUUGGUCUCUGUCUAGGUGUUUCUCUCAUGAUAGGUAGUUUCCUUGGAGAACUCAGCGCGGGAAAAGCAAGUGAUUAUGUCAUGUAUCGUAUGGCGAGAAAGAAUGGAAAUGUAAGGAAACCCGAAUAUAGACUUUAUCUUUGUUGUUUAUCGGCGGUGUUUAUGCCCGUUGGAUUGAUUGUUUUUGGGGCUACGGUGGGAAAGGCCCAUUAUAUUAUUCCUCUUAUUGGUUUGGCUAUUGGCGUCUUCGGUCUCCAAAUCGCCUCCACAACCCUCUACGCCUACGUUUCCGACUGCUACAAACCCCAAACCGCCGAAACAGGCGUCCUCUUUAAUCUUUCCCGGGGCCUCUCAUUCGUCGUGGGUUAUUUCGCUCUGCCGUUUGCGGAUGAAGUAGGGUUUACAUGGGCGUGGUUCACGUUUGCGAUGACGCUUUUGGUGUUUUUUGCGCCUGUUGGGGCGUUGAUUUGGUGGGGGGAGGGGUGGAGGGAGAGGGGAGGGGUGCCUGGGUUUCAUAGGUGGUUGUAG